AUGUCUCGGAAGGCAAAAGGGGUUUAUAAAUCUGGGGCUUGUGAGCACAAGGAGUGUCCCGAGAGUGAGAACUCCUCAGAGAUGCCAGAGACCAUUACCAGCCGAGAUGCUGCUCGUUUUCCCAUUGUUGCCAGUUGCACCCUUCUGGGGCUCUACCUCUUCUUUAAAAUAUUCUCUCAAGAGUACAUCAACCUUCUGCUCUCCAUGUAUUUCUUUGUGCUGGGGAUCCUAGCCCUGUCCCACACCAUCAGCCCCAUGAUGAACAGAUUCUUCCCUGCAAAUUUCCCCAACAAACAGUACCAGCUCCUCUUCACCCAGGGCUCUGGGGAGAGCAAGGAGGAAAUAGUGAAUUACGAGUUCGACACCAAGGAUCUUGUGUGCCUGGCCCUGAGCAGUGUCGUGGGGGUCUGGUACCUGCUGAGAAAGCACUGGAUUGCCAACAAUCUCUUUGGCCUGGCUUUCUCCCUCAACGGUGUGGAGCUGCUGCACUUGAACAAUGUCAGCACUGGCUGCAUCUUACUCGGGGGCCUCUUCAUCUACGACGUUUUCUGGGUCUUUGGCACCAAUGUGAUGGUGACAGUUGCCAAAUCAUUUGAGGCCCCGAUAAAACUGGUUUUCCCUCAGGACCUGCUGGAGAAGGGGCUGGAAGCCGACAACUUUGCCAUGCUGGGCCUGGGAGACAUCGUCAUUCCAGGGAUCUUCAUCGCCUUGCUGCUGCGCUUUGACAUCAGCCUGAAGAAGAACACACACACAUAUUUCUACACCAGCUUCGUGGCCUACAUCUUCGGGCUGGGCCUGACCAUAUUCAUCAUGCACAUCUUCAAGCAUGCCCAGCCUGCUCUUCUGUACCUGGUCCCCGCAUGCAUUGGAUUCCCGCUUCUCGUGGCCUUGGCAAAAGGAGAAGUAACUGAAAUGUUCAG